AUGAUUAACAAAACUGACAGCUAAAAAAGAUUCAUUUAGUAGUGUGCACAGUAGUAAAGAUAAGCUUCAGGAAAGAGGUACAAAAAUGAAAGCUCAAUGAAAGAUAUCCUUAAUUGGAAUGUUGGAGAUACUACUACAACAAAAGAUUUUAAAAAAAAGACACUUAACAUAAGUCAUGAACAUGAAUUUAACAGAUUCUAAUCAAAAAUUAAAAAGUCACCUUCAAAGAGCAUGACUACAGAGUUUUAAGAUAACUUUAGAGGGUAUGUUUAUGUCCCUGAAGAGAAAGUAUACGUGCCUGCGUUGGCAUAAUAACAAUUAGAGUAUUUAGAACAACCAGAUUACAUACCUGUACCUCCUCCUUAAUAAAUAAAGGAACCUUAAAAAGUAUAUGAACAAGCUGAAGUUGAAUACGAAAAAAUAAAAAAAGGUACUUAGUAUAAAAGUUUUUAUGGAAAACUAAAGACUCAAAAUAAAAAGGAACUUUAUGAUAUUUUAUAUGAUAAUUUUGUAGAAAUUUAUCCAAAAAAAAUAAGUUAUAACACAAAGAUCCCAAGAAGAGACUUGUAUCACGAGGAGAAUUAUGAUGAAUAUUAGUAAGAAACAUCAUAAUUUAAUGAAUAAGAUUAAGAAAGGCUAGAGAAUUUAUAAUACUAAUAAAAAGAAGUAGAAUAGCAAAUAGAUGAUAAUUUUUAACAGCUAUAAUUAUAAGAAUAGUUGCAAAAAGAAUAGAAUUUAGUUCAUUUAUAAAGUGAGCUCUAAAAUCUUUUAAUUUAAUAGAAAAAUCUCAGCCAAGAAAUUGAAUAACUUGAAAGAGCUUAAGGCUAAGGAUUCAAAUCUUACUAACCUAAAGCCGUUAUACCAGCAGAUGAAAAUAGAUUAAAAUAAAGGGAAAAAAGAAUUUAAAAGUUUGCUGAAAACUCAAGACAAUUACCUAAUUCAGCUUUUACUACUUAUUAUGGUAAACCAGCUUUUGAGAAUUAUGGUAAUGCCAACAUAAAAGACAAGAAUUAGGCAUUUAUCAGUGGAAAUUACUUAAAAUCCCACAACAUAAAUCCUCACAGAGGUGAAACGUAACCAGAAUACGAAUAAACAUUUUAAAAUGCAAUAAACCUAGGCAAAGAAGAAGCAAUUCCACACCCUCCAAGGCACCGUUUAGAAGAAAUACCAACUAAAAAAUAAUUAGAUUAUAACAGGAAAAAUAACCCCUUCUAUCCAUAAUAAAAUGAAUUAUUAAAUUAAUCUAUUAAAAACCAAGUAUUUUGCUCAAGCAAUAUCAAAAAAGUUCAUCCUUUACUGAGAUAAAAAGAAGAUGCUAACUAAAUUGUUAUCCAUAAUCAUGCCUAAAAUACUUAAUAAAAUACACAAUAUUCCUAAUAACAGCUUUAAAAUUAAUAGAAAAAUCUACAGAAUUCUUCAUAAAAUAUUCAGAAUUAGCAACAAAAUUUGAAAUAAUAAAGCAUGUAGUAAAAAAAGCAAUAAAAGCAAGUAUAAAAUAAUCAAAUCUUAAUUCAAGAAGAAGAAGAUGAUGAAGAAGUCUAAAAUUAAGACAGAUCACCAUUGCUACCAGAGCCUCAUCCAUCUGUUGAGUCAGAAAAUCUUAGCUAACAAAAUCUAAUUUUUGAGAAUUCAUAAUAUAAGUAAAGUGCUAAUAACUUUACUGACUCUCAGUUACUUUAAAAACGCUAGUAAGGUUAAAUGGAGUAAUUCCAGAAGAAAAAAGAAAAGUAAAAUUUAAUUGUAACCAAAGUAACAGAUACACCUCAAAUAGAUCAAAUUACUUAUCAGACAAGAGUUGACUAUCCGAUUGAUGCGAUGAACCCGCCUUAGGGAUAUCUUUUCUCUAUGCACGAAUGUGAACUUAAUCCUCAAUAUUAUAAAACUAUCAACAAAUAAUGGUUAAACAGAAUACCUUAUGCAGGAAAAAAAGCUUUAGUUUAAGAAGACCUUUUUGAAAUAUUAUAGCAUCAACCUCUUGGAUAAGACCCAGUGUAUUGA